AGUCUGGGGGAUUGUCAGCCAGGACACCAGGAGAGAGUGACAUGCUUCUAUUUUCCAAUUGGGUCCAAUUUUAACAUCCCCAGGCAAUAUUGGAAGGAACCAUUUCACCUCCUCUCCUGAACCAUUUCACCUCCUCUCCUGAAUCAUGUCGGGGCCGGUGCCCAGCAGAGCCAGGGUGUACGCUGACGUUAACACGCAGAGACCCCGCGAGUACUGGGAUUACGAGUCGCACGUAGUUGAGUGGGGAAACCAAGAUGAUUAUCAGUUAGUUCGGAAAUUAGGCCGUGGAAAAUACAGUGAAGUUUUUGAAGCGAUUAAUAUCACAAACAACGAGAAAGUCGUGGUCAAAAUCCUCAAGCCGGUAAAAAAGAAGAAAAUAAAACGAGAGAUAAAGAUCUUAGAGAAUCUGCGCGGUGGCCCCAACAUUAUCAACCUGCUCGACAUAGUGAAAGAUCCUGUGUCUCGGACGCCUGCGCUGGUGUUUGAACACGUAAACAAUACAGAUUUUAAGCAAUUAUAUCAGACGUUAUCUGACUAUGACAUUCGAUUCUACAUGUAUGAAAUUCUAAAGGCUCUGGAUUACUGUCACAGUAUGGGCAUCAUGCACAGAGACGUCAAACCACACAAUGUCAUGAUCGACCACGAACACAGAAAGCUCCGACUGAUAGACUGGGGGCUGGCAGAGUUCUACCACCCAGGCCAGGAGUACAACGUGCGGGUGGCCUCCAGGUAUUUCAAGGGCCCUGAGCUGUUGGUAGAUUACCAGAUGUACGAUUACAGUCUGGACAUGUGGAGUCUGGGCUGUAUGCUGGCCAGCAUGAUCUUCAGGAAGGAACCAUUCUUCCACGGUCACGAUAACUACGAUCAGCUGGUGAGGAUUGCCAAGGUGCUGGGCACAGAAGAUCUGUACGAUUACAUUGACAAAUACAACAUUGAGCUGGAUCCACGCUUUAAUGAUAUCUUGGGCAGGCAUUCUCGCAAGAGGUGGGAGCGCUUUGUGCACAGUGAGAACCAGCACCUGGUCAGCUCAGAGGCCCUGGACUUCCUGGACAAGUUGCUGCGCUACGAUCACCAGCUGAGGCUCACAGCCAGAGAGGCCAUGGAGCAUUCUUAUUUCUGUAUACCAUCACUGCCCAUCUCGCAGCCCCUUGGGCCGCUCACCGGAUCUCCAAUCAUCUCCCCCAACCCCCUGGGGCCACCUAUUGCCGUCGUGACCGGGGCACAGCCUUGACCCUCGGGCCUGUCCAGCUGCCUGAUCACCGAGGCCCACCUCCCUUCCUCCACUACCCUCCCACAGGAGCCGGAAACCCCCAGCCCGCUGAGGGUGGUGGGGGGAGGGGGGGGGCGGGGGCUCGAUGGAUGUACGAUUUCCGUUCAAUACAAAUGACAAAAAAAAAAGAAAAACACCAAAACAUUAGGCUCCUGCCUGGGCGAAGACUUGACUGUUGGUUUUUUCUGUGUAAUUGACCGCUGGGAACCAGAGACAGGCAAAGCUGCCCUAUUCCCAGUCAGCAACGUAGUUGCUGUCUUUUGUGACACUGGGUUUUUUUUUUAAUAAAAAAAUAACACAAA